UCACGUGCUGUGACAGCCGCCGGGGUGAGGCCGCCGUUGUCAGUCACCCAGGCUGGUUGGUGCUGUGACUGCGGGAGGUGCCGAGGUGAUGGCGGUGGAGACGCUGUCCCCGGACUGGGAGUUCGACCGCGUUGACGACGGCUCGCAGAAAAUUCAUGCUGAAGUUCAGCUUAAGAAUUAUGGGAAAUUUCUUGAGGAGUAUACGUCUCAGUUGAGAAGAAUUGAGGAUGCUCUGGAUGAUUCCAUUGGAGAUGUUUGGGAUUUCAAUCUUGAUCCUAUAGCAUUAAAGCUUUUGCCUUACGAACAGUCUUCCCUUUUGGAACUCAUAAAGACCGAAAACAAGGUCUUAAACAAAGUCAUCACAGUUUAUGCUGCACUUUGUUGUGAAAUCAAGAAAUUAAAAUAUGAGGCUGAAACUAAAUUUUAUAACGGUCUCUUGUUUUAUGGAGAAGGAGCCACAGACUCUAGCAUGGUGGAAGGUGAUUGCCAAAUUCAAAUGGGGAGAUUUAUUUCAUUCUUACAGGAACUGUCUUGUUUUGUUACGAGGUGCUAUGAAGUGGUGAUGAAUGUAGUCCAUCAGUUGGCUGCCCUCUAUAUCAGUAACAAAGGUGCACCCAAAAUUAUAGAGACAACUGGAGUUCAUUUUCAGACUAUGUAUGAGCACUUGGGAGAGCUGCUAACAGUUUUGCUUACCCUGGAUGAAAUUAUUGAUAAUCAUAUCACAUUAAAAGACCACUGGACUAUGUAUAAAAGGUUACUGAAAUCUGUCCAUCACAAUCCUUCAAAAUUUGGAAUUCAGGAAGAAAAAUUAAAGCCAUUUGAAAAGUUCUUGCUGAAGCUAGAAGGGCAGUUACUUGAUGGAAUGAUAUUUCAGGCUUGUAUAGAGCAGCAGUUUGAUUCUCUGAAUGGAGGUGUAUCUGUGUCAAAAAAUAGCACUUUUGCAGAAGAAUUUGCACAUAGUAUUCGCUCAAUUUUUGCAAAUGUAGAAGCCAGACUUGGAGAGCCUUCUGAAAUUGACCAGAGAGACAAGUAUGUUGGAAUUUGUGGUCUUUUUGUACUACACUUUCAGAUUUUUCGAACUAUUGAUAAAAAGUUUUAUAAGUCUUUAUUGGACAUUUGUAAGAAGGUACCAGCCAUCACUCUAACUGCUAAUAUCAUUUGGUUUCCUGAUAAUUUUUUGAUCCAGAAAAUACCAGCAGCUGCCAAACUUCUAGACAGAAAAAGUCUGCAAGCCAUUAAAAUACACAGAGACACUUUCCUACAGCAGAAAGCUCAAUCACUGACCAAAGAUGUACAGUCUUACUACGUCUUUGUGAGCUCGUGGAUGAUGAAAAUGGAAUCUAUUUUAUCUAAGGAGCAGAGGAUGGAUAAAUUUGCUGAAGACCUCACCAAUAGAUGCAGUGUUUUUAUACAGGGCUUCUUAUAUGCGUAUAGUAUUAGUACCAUUAUUAAAACCACAAUGAAUCUUUACAUGUCCAUGCAAAAGCCAAUGACCAAAACCUCAGUUAAGGCAUUAUGCAGGCUUGUUGAACUUCUCAAGGCAAUAGAGCAUAUGUUCUACAGGAGAAGCAUGGUUGUGGCCGAUUCAGUGUCACAUAUAACACAGUACCUUCAGCAUCAGGCUCUGAAUUCUAUUUCUGUGGCCAAGAAAAGAGUAAUUUCUGACAAAAAAUAUAGCGAACAGCGUCUUGAUGUGCUUUCUGCUCUAGUUCUGGCUGAAAACACGCUAAACGGACCAAGCACAAAGCAGAGGCGCCUGAUUGUGUCUUUGGCGCUCAGUGUCGGCACGCAGUUGAAAACAUUUAAAGAUGAAGAACUCUUUCCACUUCAAGUAGUCAUGAAAAAGCUGGAUCUUAUCAGUGAACUUAGAGAAAGAGUUCAAGCACAGUGUAACUGUUGUUUUUUAUACUGGCAUCGAGCUGUCUUCCCAAUUUAUUUAGAUGAUGUAUAUGAAAAUGCCGUUGAUGCAGCCAGAUUACAUUAUAUGUUCAGUGCUUUACGUGACUGUGUACCUGCUAUGAUGCAUGCAAGACAUUUAGAGUCCUAUGAAAUACUUCUGGAUUGCUAUGAUAAGGAGAUCAUGGAAAUUUUAAAUGAGCAUUUGCUGGACAAGUUGUGCAAAGAAAUAGAGAAGGAUCUGCGGCUUUCCGUGCAUACUCACUUAAAGCUGGAUGACCGAAACCCUUUCAAAGUUGGCAUGAAAGACCUGGCCCUGUUUUUCUCUCUGAAUCCAAUUCGAUUUUUCAAUCGCUUCAUUGACAUUCGAGCUUAUGUAACUCACUACCUAGACAAGACUUUCUACAAUCUUACGACAGUAGCUCUUCACGACUGGGCCACAUACAGUGAAAUGAGAAAUUUAGCUACUCAGCGCUAUGGAUUGGUCAUGACAGAGGCCCACCUUCCUAGUCAGACCUUGGAACAGGGUCUGGAUGUUUUGGAAAUUAUGAGAAAUAUUCAUAUAUUUGUGUCUCGAUACCUCUAUAAUCUUAACAAUCAGAUUUUUAUCGAACGAACCAGCAAUAACAAACAUUUGAACACUAUUAAUAUUCGGCAUAUUGCUAACUCAAUUCGAACACACGGCACAGGAAUCAUGAAUACAACAGUUAAUUUCACCUACCAGUUUUUGAAAAAGAAGUUCUAUAUAUUUAGCCAGUUUAUGUAUGAUGAACAUAUCAAAUCCAGAUUGAUUAAAGAUAUUCGGUUUUUCAGGGAAAUCAAGGACCAAAAUGAUCAUAAGUAUCCUUUUGAAAGAGCAGAAAAAUUUAAUCGAGGCAUCAGAAAACUUGGAAUAACCCCAGAAGGACAAAGCUACCUUGAUCAGUUUAGGCAACUCAUCAGCCAGAUUGGUAAGUAAUGCAUGGGCUAUGUACGAAUGAUAAGAUCUGGUGGCCUUCAUUGUAGCAGCAAUGCCAUUAGGUUUGUGCCUGAUCUUGAAGAUAUUAUAAAUUUUGAAGAAUUAGUAAAAGAAGAAGGUCUUGGAGAAGAGACAUUAAAAGCAGCAAGGCAUUUGGAUUCAGUCCUCAGUGAUCACACGAAUUCUGCUGAAGGCACAGAGUAUUUCAAGAUGCUUGUAGAUGUUUUUGCACCAGAGUUUCGAAGGCCAAAUAUACAUCUCCGAAAUUUCUACAUCAUUGUUCCCCCUCUGACCCUGAACUUUGUAGAGCAUUCCAUUAGUUGCAAGGAGAAAUUGAAUAAAAAAAAUAAAAUUGGAGCUGCUUUUACUGAUGAUGGCUUUGCCAUGGGUAAGCUUAAUGGAAUUGUUUUCCCAUUAGUUUUAUCUUUGGAUCAGUACCAGGAGUUUGACUCGCUUCACUGGUUCCAGUCCGUUCGAGAGAAGUACCUGAAGGAGAUAAGAGCAGUUGCUAAGCAACAGAACGUGCAGUCCGCUAGUCAAGAUGAGAAACUACUGCAAACCAUGAAUCUCACCCAGAAGCGAUUGGAUGUCUAUCUACAGGAAUUUGAACUGCUGUAUUUCUCACUGAGCAGCGCAAGAAUCUUCUUCAGAGCUGACAAGACUGCAGCCGAAGAAAACCAAGAAAAGAAAGAGAAGGAAGAGGAGACUAAAAUGAGCAACGGAGACCUGUCCAACGGCACUGUGUCUGCGGAUCGUGUUGUCAAAUGACACCCACGGCACGGUACGCGGUGCUCCCGCGCGGUCCUCGGAACGGGUCAUUACUGCUGCCGGUGACGUGGGUGUUAGUGAGCUAGUGGAGUGCUCCCGGGCCCUGCUCUGGGGAAUGUUGCACUGCUGGGACUCUUGAAGGCAGUGCUCUAAAGAUAAGUCCAUUCUUCUUCCAAAGGCUUUACUUUUUCAAAGGUCGGGAAUGAGAUUUUAAAGUUGGAUUUUUGCCUGGACUUUAGGCUAACAUGUGCCUAGGAAGUAAAGUUCUAAAAGGGCCAAUCCAAAUUCUUCAACUGCCACCUCAGAUUUCUUGUCAUCUACGUGAAUAUUUAGAAUUUUAUUUGCAUGGGUCUUUGACCCGUAUUUGUCCAGUCACUGGACAAUUCAGUGCAUAUACUGUGUACAGCCAGUAAAUACAUGUUUAAACAAAAGGAAUUUAGCCUGAAAUUCAUGAAUCAUACACAUCAAUAUUCUUACAAAACGAAUACAUGAGGAUGUUUUGAUACUAGAGAUGAGGCAUGAAUGUGUUAUGUACUCUUUACGUCCAGUAUAAGCUGAUUCAUUGUUAACUUCAUGUGACUCCCAAGAGCUGCUGGUGUCUUCGGUGAGACGUGUCAUAACCAGUUUACGUGGCUUUGAGAGCACUUAAACCUCUACAACUGCUUUAAAUUUAAGAUUUACGUAAUACACAAAGUGGAAUACAAUUCGGAUAAGCCAUAGAGUCCUGCUUGAAGCUUCACUUUGGUUGAAGGAGCUAUGUAUGAUGUCAGAGAAAAUGGAAUGAAUUCUGAUUUUUACAUCUGAACUCAGGUUUCUUCUUCAUUAAGUUGAAUUGAAAUCUUGGUGAUGGUUUGGGCAAACUUUUUCUUUAAACCAAGUAUAAUCUAAGACAUCAGAUUAAGCACUGUGCAGGUUCUUAAAAAAUUACCACUGUGAGACAAUAAAGUUUUAAUAAAUUAAGUCAUUUACUGCUUUAAAAAGUAUAGAAAGAUUUUCAGUAAAUUUAGCUCCCAGCAAGGUACUAGAUUUAUUUUUGUAAAGCUUUAUGUUACUUAAUAGUUAAAUGGUUAAUUGUGACCUAUAAUCUUUUAAGAUAACAAUGAUAUCUUUACAGUGAAAACAAGAAAGUUUGAAACCUUACAUGUAAUACUAACAGUAUUUUGGAAAAUAUUUAAUUUUCCAUUGCACUUGCCUAUUAAACAUUUCUUUGGGUAAAUCCUGGAAGUUCUAACAAUGUUGUUUGAUUUCCAGCUUUUGAAACAGGUGUACAAUGCCCUGCCUGUGUUCAUUGGUUACAGUCAGGGUCAUUUCCCCAGCCCAAGAUAAAUGCUUUCAUUGUUAAAAGUCAGAAGAAACGGAAUAGGUAGGAAACACUUUUUUUUUUUUAAUUAUGUAAACAUGACCUGCCAAAUUAUGGAAAAUGAUGAAUUAAAGGCAUUUAAUAUUUGUAAUUCAUUCUAACUGUAGAAAUGGCCCUAAAGCAUGCUGCAUAAUUAAUAACUUAUGUUCUCAUUAUUUGUAAAUGUUUAUAUUAAUGCUCUUGCAUUGGGUUAUAUCAGAUGUCACCAUUUCAUAGCAAAGUGUUGCUUUUCUGUUUUCUCUGACUUCCCUAAAAUCAUGUCCUUUAAAGGAGGGAUAGAAAGGGUAAGUAGGAGGGAAUCAGACAUCUGUUCCUCAUCCCCACAUCACCUGUUUUAUCCUCGGCAGUAGCUGGAGCCCGCGUGCUGACUGUGUGCAUACCUACAGUGAGAAGAAACCGAUAGGUUGUUACUUUGCCUUCAGUUCAAAAUAAUGUCACUGUACUCUGGAUGAAUUAUAGUCAGUUCACAUUAUUGAAGUCCCCGAAAAGUUUAAGCAUAUUUAAUGUUGUUAGAGUGCUGAGAAACAGGGCUUGAGUGUUUCACACCUAAGUUAACAUGCACAUUUGGAUGAUGGUUUUCCUUCCUAACGUAUUAAUGUUAAUAUUUUCAUUUUUUUAGACAUACUGUAAUUUAAAAUUAGUGUGAGCAUCUGUUGUAAAUUCACAGAAAACUUAAAUGUUCCAAUUCUCAGGAAUUAAGUCCUAACUAUAAUAUUGUCAGUUACUAAUUAAAUUUUGUAAAAGAUGGCAAGUUUGUUACUUGAGUGGGGCGUCCCUCUUCCUCAAUCUUAAUAGAAUACAGUAUGUAUAAUAAAACAUUAAUAAAUAUGAUUUCAAAAG